GCAGUGAAAAUGAUUGAGAUAGUUUCAGCAGAACUGAUCAAACCAUCUUCACCCACACCGCCAUCCCUCCAACGCCUCAGUUUCUCCAUGUUAGAUCAGCUCUCGCCGUCAAACUACGUGCCCAUGGCGUUCUACUACCCGGCGGCCGAGGGCGAUUCGCCAACAACAAUUUCAGUCCAACUACUCAAAACAUCCUUGUCCCAAAUCCUCACCAAGUUUUACCCUUUGGCGGGCAGAAUUAACGGCAAUGCGUGGAUCGAUUGCAGCGACCAAGGGGCGGCGUUUGUCGUGGCCCGCGCGAGUUGUCCGCUGUCUAGCUUUCUUGUCCGAGGCUCUGAACCCGAAUCGGCAAGACGGGUCCUCCCAAUUGGGGUGGAAACCAAUGAUCCCUUCAGGGGUUGCGCUCUGAUCAUUCAGAUGACAAUGUUCCCGUGCGGUGGUGCGGUGAUUGGCGUGCGCGUUUGUCAUAAGAUCUGCGACGCCUCCUCGCGUACGGUCUUUGUCAACGCGUGGGCCGCCGUCUGCCGUGGCGACACCCACGUCACGGCGGCCCCGGAGUUCAUCUCCACAAAACUCUUCCCUCCACCGCCACCGCCGCUGCCAAACCGUGAUGGUAAUCCUCGCCAGCAGACUAUCACAUCGCCAUCCCGGGCUCUCGAGCUCAAGCGAGACGAGAGCCUGAUGACCAAGAAGUACGUCUUUAGUGCCUCUAGCGUCUUGGCUCUAAAGGCCAAAGGCGCAAGCGAGCAAGUGCCGAAACCCUCCCGCGUCGAAGCCGUGACGGCACUCCUAUGGAAAUGCGCGAUAAAGGCUCGGAAAACAUCGCACAAUAAUCACCCUAUUCAUUCCGUGAUGACCCAAGCUGUUAACCUGCGGAAAAGGCUCCAUCCUCCCCUCCCCGAUUCUUGCAUCGGAAACUUAAUCCUCUGCUACGCCCCGUUCUACCAAAACCGCGACAGUACUAAUAACGAAGUCCCUGAAUUGCGAGAAUUGGUGGCUAUACUAAGGCGGGGGCUAUCCGAGAUGAGCGACAAGUACGUAGAAAGGCUUCGGCGAGGGGGGGACGAGGCGAAUCGCGCCAUAGCCGAGUGUUUCCGAGAGAUUGAGGAAAUCACGGGCGGAGAGGGCGCGGAAGUGUACAGGUUCACCAGUUGGUGCGGCUUUCCGAUAUACGAAGCGGAUUUCGGGGGCGGAGCGCCGGCGUGCGUGGGCAUUGCUGCUUCGCCGUUCAAGAAUGUGGGUGUGCUGAUGGACGCAAAGGACGGGUGUGGGGUUGAAGCGUGGUUGUGCUUGAGUGCUCAUGACAUGGAAUCCAUUGAUACUAACAACGACUUGCUGGCAAGUCUACAUUGUGAUUAAGGUAAAAAUUUAGAUUGAGAUGAAAAUGUAAUAGGAAUAAAAUGUUACUACCUGUAAAUGAGAGUAAAUGUAAUAGGAAUAAACUGUUACUACCUGUAAAUGAGAGUGGGUGUAAUUAAAAUUAUUACAGCCAUGGGCGGAGGCAGUAUUAACUGUAAAGUGUAAUCGGGUGCA